AUGUCUUCCACUUCUACUUUUACUUCCACUCUCACUUCCAACCCCCUCAUCCUCACCCGCCCACCUCCCCUCCACCCAACCUGGAAAUCCCACAUCCCAAACCUCCCCCUCCCCAUUCCUACCUCAUUCCCCACCCCCCACCUCCUCAAAGCCACUUACCGUCAAAAUUGUGCCUCGCAAACCGCCCUCCUCCUGCACCCCUCCAGCCCUCUCCACCACCUGACGCAGCACCUCCACCUCACCCACUCUUUCAUCCCCUCCUCAUCCCCCACCGGGCACCAAAUCCCCACUCGCCUCUACACCCCCACUCAUCUGUCCCACCCCUCCACCCCUCUAAUCAUCUAUUUCCACGGCGGCGGCCUCCUCGUCGGAGACCUCGAUUCCGAAGACCUAACCUGUCGCGCUCUAUCGCUCUCCCUAUCUACCCCCCUCCUCUCAAUCGCUUACCGGCUACUCCCCGAAUUCACCGCCGACGAUGCAGUCUCCGAUGCACUAUCUUCUUAUUCACAUCUCUGUGCACAAUUUCCCAAUCGGAAAUUCACACUAGUAGGGAGUUCAAGCGGAGGUCAAUUAGCAGCCACAGUAGCCCUAACUCAUCUUCAAGCGGGGAGGAUAUCGGUAGUAGUAUUGAGAUGCCCUGUAACAUGCGAUGCAACGGAUGGUGGCACGAGUAUACCAGAGGAAUGGAAAAAUAUACAUAAGAGUAUGAGUGAGGAGUUUUAUACGGGAAUAUUGAAUAAGGCGGCGGUGACAAAAGAGAAUAGGGUGAGAGAGUAUAGGAUGCCUUUGGAGAUGCUGGCGGAGAUGCCAAAGCUUGAGGAGGCAUCUGAGAUAGAAGAAGUCAAGACGAAAUGGUUCAUACAGCUUUGCACGAAUGAUAUUUAUUAUUCGGAUGGAGUGUGUCUUGGGCUUGGGCUGAAGGAGAGGGGGUGUGAUGUGAAGAUGAGGGUGGAGGUUGGAUGGCCGCAUACUUUUUGGUUGAAGGGAAUGGUGUUGGAGGAAGCUCAGAGGGCGGAGAAAAAGUUGAUCAAGGGGGCACAGUGGGUUUUGUGUGGUUUGGACAAUGCGGAAGAACCUGGUAUCAAAGAAAUUGGGGUGCAGGGCGCAUCGGAUUGGGUAGAAUGGAGUGAGGAAGUCAAGUUGUGGCCGGUGAGCUGA